CGGUCAUUUUUACGCGGUAACCGGCUAUUUACUUGUAAAAUUAAAUUUUGUUACAUUAAAAUCGCUAAAAGUACAUUAAACAAAGUAACAUUAUAUUCAAAAUCCGCUUUUUAAACACACAAAGAAGCCAUGCGUAACGUAGAAAUUAAAGCAAAGAUAACUGAUUAUGAAAACAUUUGCAAAGUUGCAAAUGAGUUGAGCGGCGGACCGCCUACAAUUAUAAAGCAGGAUGAUACGUUUUAUAAUGUGCAAGAAGGUCGCUUAAAGAUGAGGACUUAUGCUGACUCCUCUGCCACUCUAGUCAGAUAUGAUCGCGAUGAUGUAGAAGGCCCAAAGCUUAGUAAUUACGAGUUAUUAGACUUUAAUGUAAAUGAGAGCGAAAAGGCUAAACUAUUGGAUGAAAUGCUGAAGAAAUGUUUGGGUGUACGUGGUAGAGUUGUUAAAGAACGUAAACUGUACAUGGUUGGCCAAACUCGGGUACAUAUCGACACAGUAGAAGACCUAGGUCACUUCAUGGAGCUGGAAGUGGUACUCCGGCCAGAACAAACCUUGGAAGAUGGUCAGGCCAUCGCACAGGACCUUAGGACUAAAUUAGGAGUAAAGGAAGACGAUCUUAUUGACUGUGCCUACGUUGAUAUGUUGCUUAAAAAGUAAUUGUUGAUUGUCUUUGUAAUGUAAUGUUCUUUAUUUGAAUUUUUUUACUUUUUUUUCUUUGUUUUUUUUAAAGGUAGCUUUGAGAAAGUGGCCACUUUUUUUUCUUUCUUUGUUAGUUUGUAAGAUUAAAAUUAAAUAUGUAUAGAAGUGAUAUUUUUGUAAGGUCUAGGUUUUACUGGAAAUUGUUUUGUUAUGUAUGUAAAGUAAGAUUUGAAAUCAUCACAAUAAAAUUGUUUUUUUGUUGAA